AUGACGAGGCUCCAGUGGUUACUGAAGAAAGGGCACAGGCAAAAAUACCCUCCACUGGAGAAUGAUAUCACCGGCCUCUCGGAAGGAGAUAGACCUCGUCAUAGACGCUCAACUUUCAGCUUCUUCAAUUCAAAGAACGACCAUGGAUAUGUUUCUGGUGGUAGCGGUGGGGAGAUCAAGACGAAAGAAGCAGGUCACAACAGAACGGAAUCCAACGAAACUUCCCUAACCAACGCUCUCACAAUCAAUACUGAACUGUCAUAUUCUGGGGAAGAAAGAUUCGAUCCUUGCUAUAUUGGCGAAUCGUCUGGAUCAUUUGAAGUGCUUUCACCGCAUCACAUGAUACAGUAUGGUAAGUCUCUGUUGGAACUAGAGACUAGGGAAGGUGGUACAGAAUCAAGCAGGGACCAGUAUGACGAUGAAAUUAGUUCUUCCAGUUCCGAGAACUCCUAUGUGGAAGGUCUUAGUUGCAUCAUGGAAGAGAGCUCCAGAGAAGCCGAAUCGGACUGCUCCAUUGGGAUCGCGUCCAGAGCAGGAAAGAUGAAUCCACCUUCACCAGUGCCAUUUUCAAGUCAAUGGGAUGGUUUUGGACCAAUGAAUCCACUUGAUUAUAUCAUUUACGAUAGUCAAAAGUCGGAUAUUCAUCAAACAAAAUCAAGUCAAAUGAACUCGCUUCCUCCACGAAUGAUUCAGAUGGACGGAUCAAUUCUAUCUCCAACUGGAAAUUCAUGGACAAACUUCGGUACAGAUUCGUCGCCCCAAAGUAACUUCAUCAGGAAUCGUACCAAGCCAACUACGGUACCUGUAUUGGGUAUCAACAACAGCAUCAUAAACAAGAAGCUCAUAAACAAAUCACAGAAAGAGGAAACAACUUCAUCGUCAGCGACAAUCGUCAAGGAGGUCAAUCCCGCUUCAUCCUUUGAAGGCAUGCGCGACCAGAGUCCUACCUUAUACAAUACGAGAGCACCUUCAACACAAAGUGGAUUUCGUGAUGAAGACAACUCGGGCUUUAAAAAUGUCCUGGUGGACCAUCGAACCAAAAGUCAUCGCAACCACAAUAGUAGCGAUGAUGGGUCCGCAGAUCGGAUGGAACUUCUGAAACCGAAGUACCCCAUUAAGAAAAUACACCUACGAUCUUCAAGGAGCUGGCUCCAUUUCUUUUCUCGGCCGUUUUCAGGUGAAAACAGUUCAGUUUCUCUUUACAAGCUUGUCGUCCCAUCCUCGGCGACUGACGAUUCGGAGCAAAAUUCGCGUUAUGCACAGGAAAAAUCAUUGCAGAAACUAGCGGAUGGUACCGUCAGGUUUGAAAUAUAG